AUGCCCCAAGUCGCCCGCAACGGCUGGCACGCCGUCCCCGUGGACCCGAGCAACAUCUUUGGCGGAAAGCCCUUCAUCAACCAGCCCGAGCCUCUGCUCGUGGCCGACAUGGAGUUUCCUGGCGACGAUGCCGUUGUCGAAAAGGUCUGCGCCUACGCAAAACAGAAGCUGCCGCUGCAGACGUUCAACCACUCGAUGAGAGUCUAUUACUUUGCAACCGCCAUCGUGAGACAGCAGUUUCCCGAACACGCAGCCGACCUCUCGCCCGUGACGCUGGCCCUGACCUGCCUGCUCCACGACAUUGGCACCGCCGACGAGCACAUGGCGGCGUCGCGCAUGUCGUUUGAAUUCCACGGUGCCAUCAUCGCCCGCUCGCUCAUCGUCGACGCCGGCGGCCCGCAAGACCAGGCCGACGCCGUCUGCGAGACCAUGAUCCGGCACCAGGAUCUCGGCGUAGACGGCACCAUUACCUUUCUCGGCCAGGUCAUCCAGCUGGCCACCAUCUACGACAAUGUCGGCGCGCACCCCACCGUCGACAACUUUGCCGAGAUUCUGCACAAAGACACGCGCGAGGACGUCGUCAGAAGCUUUGACCGCAGGGGCUGGCUUGGAUGCUUCGCCAGCACGAUUCUCCGCGAGGUUGAGCUGAAGCCGUGGUGUCAUUCGACUCAUAUCCCGGACUUUGAGCAGCAUAUCCUGGGCAACAAGCUCAUGAAGCCUUAUGAGUAG